GUCCGAGUUCCCCACAACCUUGUUGCUAGGUGUAGAGGUAGCACUACUUGCAGCCAGCUCUCCCCUCUACCAACCUGUAAGUGCUUUAGUAAUAUUUCCUCUUUUUUUCACCAAAACAGGGUCUUUUUUGUGAAAUUUUAUAUAUAGAAAUUGAACGAAGCUUGACCUGAAAGAAACUGUGAAUAAUGGAGUCUAUUCUUGCUCUAGACCGGGAGUUGGACGUUACAGUUCUGGACCAGGUGGUCCAAACGUUCUACAUGGGAACUGGUGCUGAGCAGCAACAGGCCCAGCAAGUGUUGACGCAGUUUCAGGAUCAUCCCGAUGCAUGGAUGCAAGCAGACUCGAUCAUUGAGAAGUCUCAAUUUCCCCAAACAAAAUUCAUUGCUCUUCAAAUUCUGGACAAACUGAUCACUACUCGCUGGAAGAUGCUGCCCAAGGAGCAGCGUCUUGGCAUUCGGAACUACAUUGUUGCAGUUGUAAUUAAGAACUCUUCCAAUGAGGAGACACUGCAUCGCGAAAAGACUUUUGUUAACAAGCUUGACUUGACCCUGGUCCAAAUCUUAAAACAGGAAUGGCCUCACAAUUGGCCUACGUUUAUCUCUGAGAUUGUCUCGGCCAGUAAGUCGAAUCUUUCUCUUUGUGAAAACAACAUGCAUAUCCUUUUGUUGCUGAGUGAGGAAAUUUUUGAUUAUUCUGCUGAGCAAAUGACUCAAACAAAAACAAAGAACUUGAAGAAUCAACUGUGUGGUGAGUUUGCCGAGAUUUUCCAACUGUGUUCUCAAGUUUUGGAACGUGCUCAGAAGCCUAGUCUUAUCACCGCAACUUUACAGACGCUUUUGCGCUUUCUCAACUGGAUUCCACUCGGCUACAUCUUUGAAACCAAUCUUAUUGAAAAUCUUCGUAACCGUUUUCUCGAAGUUCCUGCAUUCCGUAAUGUCACCAUCAAGUGUUUGACAGAGAUUGCCGGCUUGACGACCCAACCUCAGUAUAAUGAAGUGUUUGUUGUAAUGUUCAAUCUUGUCAUGACCUCCAUCAACAACAUGCUCCCCCUUAGUACGGAUUUCCGGGAGGCUUAUGAAGAAAGCAGCACGAACGAGCAAGAUUUUAUUCAGAACUUGGCCAUUUUCCUCUGCACAUUCUUCAGCACGCAUUUGCGUCUCAUCGAAAACGCUGCCAACCAGGAAGUUUUACUUAAUGGUCAUUCUUACCUGCUUAAUAUUUCUCGUGUUAACGAACGUGAAGUCUUCAAAGUCUGUCUCGAAUACUGGUCGAAACUUGUGUCGCAAUUGUAUGAAGAGCAACAGCAAUUGCCCAUGUCUGAAAUGAGUCCCUUGUUGAACCUCGGUGGUUCGACCGACAUGAUGGCUUCAAAAUCGUCCAUGCUCUCUAAUAUUCCUCUCAGAAAGCAUAUCUACAAAGACAUCCUUUCAAGCUUGCGUCUUGUCAUGAUUGAAAACAUGGUGAAGCCCGAGGAGGUUUUGAUUGUGGAAAACGAUGAGGGUGAAAUCGUUCGCGAGUUUGUAAAAGAGAGUGACACCAUUACAUUGUACAAAUCUAUGAGAGAGGUUUUGGUCUAUCUCACCCAUCUUGAUGUUAUUGACACCGAGGUCACUAUGAGCGAGAAGCUCGCCCGUAUUGUCGUCGGUACGGAGUGGUCUUGGCACAACCUGAAUACUUUAUGCUGGGCCAUUGGUUCGAUUUCUGGUGCUAUGAACGAGGAAAUGGAAAAGCGUUUUCUUGUGAAUGUUAUUAAGGAUCUUCUUGGCCUUUGCGAAAUGAAGCGUGGAAAAGACAAUAAGGCUGUUGUUGCUUCAAACAUUAUGUAUGUUGUUGGUCAGUAUCCCCGUUUUCUGAAAGCGCAUUGGAAGUUUCUGAAGACUGUGGUCAAUAAACUUUUCGAGUUCAUGCACGAAUACCAUGAAGGUGUUCAAGACAUGGCUUGCGACACAUUCAUUAAAAUUGCCCAAAAAUGUCGUCGUCACUUUGUUGCCCAGCAACACGGUGAAACGGAGCCCUUCAUUAAUGAAAUUAUCCGCAACCUUGCUAAGACUACGGAGGAUUUAACCUCCCAACAAACUCACACCUUCUAUGAAGCCUGUGGUUACAUGGUCUCUGCACAACCUCAUAAGCAAAUUCAAGAGCGCCUUAUUUUUGAUCUUAUGAGUCUUCCUAAUCAAGCUUGGGACAACGUCGUUCAACAAGCUGGUCAAAAUUCCGCUAUCCUUGGUGAUCCCCAGAUUGUCAAGGUGCUGGCUAAUGUCCUGAAAACAAAUGUUGCCGCCUGUACCUCCAUUGGUGCUAGCUUCUACCCUCAAAUCGCGCGUAACUACGUUGACAUGCUCGGUUUGUACAAGGCAGUGAGCGAACUUAUUUCUGAUGUUGUUGCCUCCCAAGGAAAUAUCGCUACCAAAACUCCUCAUGUUCGUGGCUUGCGUACUAUUAAGAAGGAGAUUCUGAAGCUCAUCGACGCUUAUAUCAGCCGAGCCGAGGACCUCGAGCUUGUAAACAAUAAUUUGAUCCCUCCUUUGUUGGAAGCAAUUUUGUUGGACUACUCUCGUAGCGUUCCUGAUGCUCGUGAUCCUGAAGUUUUGAAUCUCAUCACGACCAUUGUUAAUCAAUUGAGUGAACUCUUGACUGACAAGAUUCCUAUUAUCCUUGAAGCUGUAUUUGGCUCAACUCUGGAAAUGAUUAGCAAAGACUUUUCUGAGUAUCCCGAACACCGCACUUCCUUCUUUCAAUUGCUGCGGGCCAUCAACUUAAAUUGUUUCCCUGCGCUUUUGAACAUUCCCGCUCCCACAUUCAAGUUAGUCAUGAACAGUAUUGUCUGGUCCUUCAAGCACGUUAGCCGCGAUAUCCAAGAAACCGGUCUUAACAUUCUUCUGGAGCUGAUCAACAAUAUGGCUAAUAGUGGACCCCAGGUUGCAAAUGCAUUUUUCCAAACCUAUUACAUCAGCACCCUCCAGGAUAUUCUCUUUGUUCUUACUGAUUCAGAGCAUAAGUCUGGCUUCAAGCUUCAAAGUCUUAUUCUUUCCCGACUCUUCUACCUUGUUGAAUCUGGCCAGAUUGAAGCGCCCUUGUUCGACCCCGCACAACUUCCUCAAAAUAUGACAAACCAAAUGUUCCUGCGACAAUACAUUGCUGAGUUGUUGGCAAACGCAUUCCCCCACCUUCAACCAUCCCAAAUUCAAGACUUCGUGCAAAAUGUGAUUUCAUUGAACCGGGAUUACACUCGCUUCAAGCUUGCUCUUCGCGAUUUCCUUAUUCAACUGAAGGAGUUUGGAGGCGAUAACGCCGAGCUGUAUCUUGAGGAAAGAGAAAACGAACUCGCCGAGAAGCAAAAGGCAGAGAUGGAAAAGGCUAUGUCUGUUCCUGGUAUGGUUAAACCCGCUGAUAUGCCUGCCAUGGAGGAGGAAGAACUGUAAACAUAGCAGUUAUUUAGGCGAUAGAUACCAGUAGCAGUAUUUAAAAAGAAUGAAUGGAUUAACGAGUAUACCUAAGA